AUGUACGCAUACCGCCGCACUUCAAAGCCUAGCAACAGCUGUUUUUCAUUUCCAGCGCUCCUCUUUGUGUGGACCAAACGCCUCCUUCAUUCCUCCAAUGUUUUGAGUUUCGCUGAGGUCUGCCUGGAUACCAAACUGUGUCCAGUUAGUAACCAAAGGAAUGGCGCCCAGGCAGGAUUUAAGAGUGCAUGUGCAGCCGCGGGCGACAUCUCCACAGCAAGCAGUGACGAGUAUUUCCUCCCAACACUUCCCAGGAUGGUGGAGAUGGGGGGGUGGGGGGGCUUCCAUAGAAACACUAUCCUGUAA